AUGUCUUCGAACGAAUCUAACUCCGUCGAGGAUGUCUACGACGACAACAAGCUAGACACAGCAAGCAACAACGAAAUCAACGAACACAAGAUUCUUGCAGAUGGUGGUCUGCCUGUGUUGAAUGCGGACACGUUCCCUACCACCAGGUAUUCCCUCACGUCUCCAACGGCAACAAUGGGCUUGAAGGGAAAAAAGCUUCAAGUAAUGGUCACCUGUUGCUGUGUCAUUGGUUUCUCCUUGUUCGGUUACGAUCAGGGUUUGAUGUCCGGUAUUAUCACUGCUCCUCAGUUUGUGGAGACGUUUCCUCCUGUCGGAGGUGAGUCCCACCAUGCCACCGUCGUUCAAGGUGCCGUCACCUCCUGUUACGAAAUCGGAUGCUUCUUCGGUGCUUUGCUCGCCAUGUACAUGGGGGGUAAGUUUGGAAGAAAGCUCUUGAUCAUCCUGGGUAGUUUUAUCAUCAUCAUUGGUACAUUCAUCUCCAUUUUCCCAUUCAGAGGUCAUUGGGCCCUUGGUCAUUUCGUCAUUGCCAGAGUUGUCACCGGUUUUGGUAACGGUUUCAACACUGCCACCAUUCCAAUCUACCAAUCCGAAUUGUCUGACCCUAGAAACAGAGGUAAGUUGGUCAACCUUGAAGGCUCCUUUGUGGCCGUUGGUACUCUAGUUGCCUACUGGAUCGAUUUCGGUUUGUCUUACGCUCCUGGCUCUGUCUCCUGGAGAUUACCAAUUUCCUUGCAAAUUGUCUUUGCUGCCUUUGUCACCAUUUUCAUGAUUGGUUUGCCAGAAUCCCCUAGAUAUCUGAUCACCAAAGGCCGUGUGGACGAAGCCCGUUACGUUAUCUCCCAACUUAAGGACUGCUCAAUCAAUGAUGCAGAAGUUUCCGAAGAGGUCAUUCUAGUCAGAGACGCAAACAACAGAUUCGCAAAGCAAAUUUCAAUCAGAGAACUUUUCAAGCCUUCCAAGCACCAAUACUUGAGCAGAAUGAUCAUUGGUUCUUCAGGUCAAUUCUUCCAGCAAUUCACCGGUUGUAAUGCUGCCAUCUACUAUUCCACUGUUUUAUUUGAAACCACUGUCGGCCUUGAUAGAAGAUUAUCCUUGGUUUUGGGUGGUGUUUUCGCUACAGUCUAUGCCAUCUCCACCAUUCCUUCCUUUUUCUUGAUUGAAAAGGUUGGUAGAAGAGCUCUUUUCUUAACUGGUGCCAUUGGCCAAGGUAUUGCCUUCAUCAUUGCUUUCGGUUGUUUAAUUCAUGAUACCAAGGACACUGCCAAGGGUGCAGCUUUCGGUCUAUUUUUAUUCAUUGUCUUUUUUGCAUUUACCAUCUUACCAUUACCAUGGGUCUACCCACCAGAAAUCAACUCCAUGAGAACAAGAACAAUUGCUACAUCUGUCUCCACAUGUACCAACUGGUUGUCCAACUUCGCUGUCGUUAUGUUUACUCCUAUUUUCAUCAACAGAUCCAAAUGGGGUUGUUACUUGUUCUUCGCCUGCAUCAACUUCCUAUAUGUUCCAGUCAUUUACUUCUUCUACCCAGAAACAGCCGGUAGAUCUUUAGAAGAAAUUGAUAUCAUUUUUGCCAAGGCUUAUGUGGAGAAGAAGGCUCCAUUUGUGGUUGCACAAGAACUUCCUAAAUUGUCUACUAAGGAAAUUGAAGAAGAAGGUGCCCGACUCGGAUUAACAGAUGAUGUUGAAGCCAUGGAAGCAUUUGAGCAACACAGCACCGCCGGUUUGUCUCACCGUUCAGUGGCAGAAAGCCCUGUCUAA